AUGGCAAAACCUAUACCAAAAGUUGGUUCACGUAGGAAUGGGCGCAGUAGUGCACGGAAAAGUGCACGUAGAAUACCAAAAGGAGUUAUUCAUGUUCAAGCAAGUUUCAACAAUACCAUUGUUACUGUUACAGAUGUACGGGGUCGGGUAAUCUCUUGGUCCUCCGCCGGCACUUGUGGAUUCAAGGGUACAAGAAGGGGGACCCCUUUUGCUGCUCAAACCGCAGCGGGAAAUGCUAUUCGAGCAGUAGUAGACCAAGGUAUGCAACGAGCAGAAGUUAUGAUAAAGGGUCCUGGUCUCGGAAGAGAUGCAGCAUUACGAGCUAUUCGUAGAAGUGGUAUACUAUUAAGUUUCGUACGGGAUGUAACCCCUAUGCCACAUAAUGGCUGUAGACCCCCUAAAAAAAGACGUGUGUAG